AGGAGGAGCCGACGGCGAUGUCGAGGCAGCUUCGCGUUGAACGGGACCACGUGAGCCGUUGCGACCUCCGCGACCUUCGGGACCUGCGCGACAUCAGGGACCUUCGGGAUCUCAGGGACCUCCGGGACGUUCGGGACGUUAGGGACGACAGGGAGAGACACGGUUCCGGGAGACACCAUCGGGACGAGUACCUGGAUUACGAUCACCAUCCCACCGCUGCAUCCACCUCGGCACUCACCAACAACCCGGUCCUCCAACACGUGGAACAUCCACAAAAACCCUAGUUAAAAGCUAGUGAAAAGAUUUUGAUGAAACUCGGAGAAAUAUUUAAGACACGGCUUUCUCAGCGAUCUGUAUCUAAGAGAUGAGCCGAAAAUAAGGGAAGAGAAAUUGGCGACUAAAUUUUUCAUUUUCAAUCUGAAGAGAUAUUUUCAUCUCCAAGUACGAAACUACGGAUGAAGUUUUGUCGUUUCUAAAUGGCCGGGUAAUUAAUCAUUCUCUUCCUUGCGUUACUCCGCUGACGAACUAAAGUUUCGCUGAAAUCAGAUGGAAACACUUGGCUAAUAUCCCUUAUUAGAAAACUUUUGCUCCGCUUGUCACGACAGAAUAAUGCUGUAUUAAUGUGUACAAGUUUCGAGUUAAUGAAGAUGAUUGAUUCGUAAAUGGAAGAGGUUAAUUUCUAACCAUCCCUCCAUGGACAGCACCGUGACAUGUAGAGGUAAUAAACGAUAGAUAUGGGGUAGGUUCGACAAAGUUUGGACACAGUGCGACAGAAAGCAAGCAAAAGGACGUCACAAAGGGGUGGGUUGUUUAAUUCCGUCUCGAGGUCAAGGUUUCGUGAGGUGACGGAAGACUGCGGUUAUCAGACGGGCCGUAUGUCGAAUUCAAUAAAGUUACAUUGCGUAGAUAAUUCAUGAAAGAGAACGCAAGAUGAAUUGCAGACAAUAAUUCACACUGUGAAUACAUGUAUAUCGAUGCACAUCUACAUGGUGCUACAAAUAUGAUCUAUUCUCACAAGGACAAAUUGUGUUUAUUCUUUUACGACGAAUAAUUUUUGAAUUUCUACUAAAAGACAAUAAUAAAUCAUUGAACUAAAGAUUAUUUCUAAUUUGCUGAUCCUGGCGCGAACUUAGUCGAAACAUAAAGAAGCAAUACGAAACAGUUGAAAGCUAUUUGUUUCGUAGAAAUUCAUGCUCCUGCAUUUCUCGGAGACAUUUCUAUUUUAUUGUUGCGCUAUUGGGAACAGAGAGGGUGAUGGAUGUUGCGCAACGUGUUGUCAGGUAUGAAAAUCUCAGAGAGCAUUAUUCACGUAUACCAGAAGCUUCGCAUAAAGCUUGGAAAGCGAAGAAAAGAGAAGUCUCGAGUCGCCAUCGUGCUGGGUCUGUUUGAAAUAUUCCUCUUUAAUAUUUCGCCCACUCUGUAUUGCGUAACGUUAUACUCGAUCGACAGAAAUUCUAUUUUCUAUAUCGAGUACGAUUCGAUACUAAAUUUAUCAUAAUUUAUACCAUCGAAGGUAUUACGUACUCGUCGUUUGCGCAACGCCACGCAAUAAUCCGUCGAAUGCAAAUAUUGACCCGCCCAAUUGCUGCUCGUGUUAAUUUAUCGUUCGUAGAUAAAUAGAAGAAAAAUAGAGCGUGGAAGAAUAUUAUGUUGCGGUGGAAUAUAGACAGAGAUUUCGCCAAAACUCAUACAGGUAUCACUUUUUCAAGAUAUCGUGAGGGGGCAUAGGGACACUAAUAGACUAUAUAAUACAAUACAGAUGAUAUUUUUUCUAAUGAACGAGAUUAGUACAUACCGUCGAAUUCUUUGUUGCAUAAUGAUACGUUUGUGUAUCUAGUUAAAUACUUAUUAAUUCAGAAAACUAUUUUGCCAAAACUCAUACAGGUAUCACUUAUUUUCAAGAUAUCGUGAAAACUUGGGAGCAUAGGGAAAUUAAUGCUUGUAGACUAUAUAAUACAACAUAGAUGAUGUUUUUUUUAAUGAACGAGAUUAGUACAUA